AUGACAUCCGUUCUCGAACAAGGAGUCCCUUUGGGCAAAACAAUCGUGCCUCUACCCGACGGAAUGCCUCCUGACGAAGACGAACACGCAGCGAAACUGUCCGCGUGGGCGGACAAAUACCGUGGUGCUACUGUUGCAGACCUGGACCUUCCUCCUGCCUUGUCGACCUCUCCAAGCACCUCCCUUGCCUCUGCCAUGUUAUCAGCCUCCUCGCACGACUACUCGCACCUAACUGUCCUGUCCGAGAACACACGCUCCCUUUUGGGGUAUCUUCCUAUUUCUAGACUCAAGAAUUUGUUCGAAUCGAAGCAACUACAGCCCUCUGACCCUGUCUCGAAGGCCAUGGUGAGAUUCCAGCGUCAAGGUGGAAAGAAAUACCAAGUCAUCACCAUGGACACAGAGUUGUGGGAGCUGGAAGGCUUCUUCGAGAACGUGGGACCGUUUGCUACCGGGGAUGCUCAAGAUUUUGCUGUUGUCACUGAUGGAGACAGGAAAUUCGUGCUUGGAGUCGUCACUAGAAGUGACUUGGAGGAGUUUGUGAAGAGACGACCAGCUUGA